UUUGGCUGAUAUGACACAGGUCCGAAGCCCAACGUGGAGGAAAGGAUGUGGGUAAACUGACAUCUGCAAGCCAGAGGUUUGACUGGAAUACGACCACAGUCAGGCUGACAAACAACAGCCUUAGCAACCUCGAAGAAACUCCGAAUCAUGUAACUUGUUUUGAAGAGGCUUGUGUCCUGUAGGGCACCCCGAAGCUCAGCCAGUCACGGUGCUGCCCUGGGCUUUCCGUCAUGAGGGGACGUUGCUCUCGAAAACUUAGUGUGCUGGCCAAGGCUUGCUUCCUGCUCUGGGUGCUGUGGCUGGGCUACCUUCUGUUAGCGCGCUCUUCUUUCCCCUCCUUAUCCUCUGUAGAGGAGGAAGACGAGGACCACAAUGUUGUGGCGAGACAGCUCGCCAUAGAGACAAACGGGGCUGAUGGGCAGCUGUCUAGGCCCCUCUACGUUAAGCCGUCACCAGACAACAAUGCGCUUGGGGAGUGGGGUCGGGCUACACACCUCAACCUCAGCCCUGAGGAAAAGAAACUCGAGCAGGACAGCGUGGAGCGCUAUGCUAUCAACAUCUAUGUCAGCGAUAAGAUUUCCCUCCAUCGGCACAUCCGUGAUCACAGGAUGCAUGAAUGCCGAAGUAAGAAGUUUGACUACCGGCGUUUACCCACAACAUCUGUGAUCAUAGCCUUCUACAACGAGGCCUGGUCCACUCUGCUGAGGACUAUUCACAGUGUCCUGGAGACCACGCCUGCCAUCCUGUUGAAAGAGAUCAUCCUCAUUGAUGACUACAGUGACCGAGGCUACCUGAAGUCCCAACUGGCUGACUACAUCAGUAAUCUGGGACGUGUGCGCCUCAUCCGCACCAACAAAAGGGAGGGUCUGGUGCGGGCACGUCUCAUUGGGGCCACCUAUGCUACAGGGGACGUACUGACAUUUCUUGAUUGCCACUGUGAGUGUGUCCCUGGCUGGAUUGAGCCUCUGCUGGAAAGGAUUGGUGAGAACGCCAGUAUCAUUGUGUGCCCUGUGAUUGACACCAUUGACUGGAACACCUUCGAGUUUUACAUGCAAACGGAUGAGCCGAUGAUCGGAGGUUUUGACUGGAGACUCACCUUUCAGUGGCAUUCCGUCCCCGAGGUGGAACGCAAGAGGCGCAAGUCACGCAUUUACCCCAUCAGGUCUCCGACAAUGGCAGGUGGAUUAUUUGCUGUAAGCAAGGCCUACUUUGAGCAUCUGGGCACAUAUGACAUGGGCAUGGAGGUGUGGGGAGGAGAAAACUUGGAGCUCUCCUUCAGAGUGUGGCAAUGCGGGGGCAGCCUGGAGAUUCACCCCUGCUCUCAUGUGGGCCAUGUGUUCCCUAAAAAGGCCCCUUAUGCACGGCCCAACUUUCUCCAGAACACCGUACGAGCUGCAGAGGUUUGGAUGGACUCCUAUAAACAGCACUUCUACAACAGGAAUCCCCCAGCCAAAAAGGAGACCUAUGGGGAUAUCUCAGAGCGGCUGCUGCUGAGGGAGAGGCUCAAAUGCAACAGUUUUGACUGGUAUCUGAAGAAUAUCUACCCUGAACUACACGUACCUGAAGACAGGGAGGGCUGGCAUGGGGCUGUGCGUAACUCAGGGAUACACUCAGAGUGUCUGGACUACAACUCCCCAGAGCACAGUCCCACAGGUGCCCACCUUUCUCUGUUUGGCUGCCACGGCCAGGGAGGCAACCAGUACUUUGAAUACACAAGUCAAAAGGAGAUCCGUUUCAACUCCGUGACGGAGCUGUGUGCUGAAGUACCUGAGGGACAGCCCUCCAUCGGUAUGAGGCACUGUCCUAGUGAUGGAGAGCCUAAGCCACCCAGUAUCACCUGGGACUUCAGAAAGGAUGGGACAAUUUACCACCCUCAUUCAGAUAUGUGUGUGACCGCCUACCGCACGCCAGAGGGUCGCACAGACACCCAGAUGAGGCGGUGUACCCCAGAAGACAAAAAUCAGCAGUGGAAGUUUGAGUGGUAGGAGGAAGAAGAAAGAAAGUAGCAUUGAACCACAAGUGACCUUCUUUUACCAUAGUGCAAUUACUACAGUGGAUGUUUCUCUCCAAGCUGCUCUCCAUUUGAAUGGGAAAUGGCAAGCAAAUGAAAGGUGGUGGAAGUCACUUUUAAGCCAACGAACCACCCAGUUCAGAGCUUUUAUACCCAUGUGAAUGAAUUAUUGCAGAUUGCAGCGACGUGAAUGAGGAUUGCGAGGCAAGAUUUGUUUGAUCUUUUUAAGCAGGCCGGCUGAACUUGGGACUUGGGACUUGGGACUAUUUACUUUCUUUACCUCUGCAACAAAAAUGGGCGUCCAGGGCACAUUUUUCAUUAUCGUCAUGUGUUCUUGUUACCUAAUGCAACAACUUGAAAAAAAUGAAACUGAUUUGCCUGUCCUGUGCAUGAAAAAAGUGCCUUUUGAAAGAGAUUGAAGCCUUUCCUAGAAAAUCUUGCUGCACUACAAAAUGUUACCCUUAUGUGCAAUUUAAUAUGAAUUAUUAUUAUUAUUAUUAUUAUUAUUAUUAUUAUUGUUAAAUCCUCAUGCUUGUUUGUUUGAGUUUUCAAAAAAAAAGAAGCAAUUUUAAAGACGGGCCGCUCAAAGAUGUGUGCCAGGAAUGAAAGGUCAGCAGCAUGGUUCCCCCUAACCAACUACUUCCAAACAUGCUCCAUCAUGUAAGAGGACAACGGGGAGAGUGCUGCGGUUAUACUAGACUGCUUUUCUAUUUUGUGUUGUAUCUGUGGAGCCAGUUUCCUGGUAGAAUGCUGCCUGAACAAGAUGUGAUGCAUUGAUAAAGCAUUUGUACUAAUCACAAAUUGCCCCGGAGGGCUUUGUGAGUCGACAGGAAUGUUUUAAUCUAUUCUCCCCUGUUGUGCUGAAAUUAGGGAUACCAUCUAAACCCACCUGCCACUGCACCUUUAAAAGGUUGUCAUCCUUAAAGAACUUGAUCGUGCCGAACUGAAACGUGCCAGCUGUUGUCAAACAUAUUUAGAAAUGUGUUUUAAAUGCAAAAAGCCUAAAACAACACUGGGCUUGAUUCACUUGAUUUUAUUUAGACACAAAAGCCUUAAAGGCAGCACAUGUUUCAUUGAAUCCUUAAACUUGACAGUGCCAGAAUGUUUUCUUAAGACUCCUGUGUGUAAACCAUACUUGAAGCAGCAU